UCCUUCAACCUCCAGGAUGUAACAUCUUGCUCCUGGUUAUUGUGGGACUUGUAGUUCUUUAUACACCUGUACACAAUGCACACAGGGGCUUUAUAGAGGGGACAGGACGCCCCCCGAAUAUAUCCUGAAGAGAAGGAAAACUCCAGCGCCGUAUAUAUAGGAUCUAUAGAGGAAUGUCACCGACCACCGAGAGGAUCCUAGAGCUCAGCCUGGAGAUCAUCUACCUGCUGACCGGAGAGGAAUGUGUGGUAGUAAAGAAAAUUUCUGGUGAACUUCUCACACUUGCUAGUUUAUACAAGUCAGGAGGAUGGAGCAGGGCCCGAGGCCCCAUCACGGAGCCUCCACCUCCCUCACUAAUACCUGAAAGGAACAAUGAGCAGAAGAUCCUAGAACUCAACCACAAGAUGAUGGAGCUGCUGACUGGAGAGGUUCCUAUAAGGUGUCAGGAUGUCACUGUCUAUUUCUCCAUGGAGGAGUGGGAGUAUGUAGAAGGACACAAGAAUCUGUACCAGGACAUGGUCAUGAUGGAGGACCACCGGCCACGAACAUCACCACUGGAUGGAUCCGGGAAGAGGAACCCACCAGAGAGAUGUCCUGCUUCUCUGGAUUCCCAGGACUGUCCAGGGGGAGAUGACAAUGUCCUACAGGAUGAUCAGGAUGAAAAUCUCCUCAAGAACAAAACUGAAGAAGUUAAAGAAAAAGAAAUGGAUGUGAGGAGGGAUCAGGCGUGUAAGGAAGAGGACAUUCCUACUGAUAUUAGUCCAGAUGGUCACAGCAAAGACUUGACACAGAGCCUCCUUCCAACCACAGACCUUGAAGGAGACCAGAAUAAUAUCCCACGUGCAUAUCCUGGAGAAAAUCAGCUUCAAUGUUCCGGAUGUGGGAAAUUGUUUCAACCUGAAUUAGAUCAGAAAACCCACACAGGAGAGACCCAGCUUCAAUGUUUAGAAUGUCGGAAAUGUUCUAAGCAGAAGAAAGGUCCGAAUCAACGUCAGCAAACUCACACAGGGAAGAAGCCUUUUUCAUGUUCAGAAUGUGGGAAAUGUUUUAGCCAUAAAUCAAACCUAGUACAACAUCAGAGAAUUCACACAGGAGACAAGCCUUUUUCAUGUUCUCAAUGUGGAAAAUCUUUUACCCACAAAGCUUAUCUUGUCAGACAUCAGAGAAGUCACACGAGAGAGAGGCCAUUAAUAUGUUUGCAAUGUGGGAAACAUUUUACUCAGAGGUCAGAACUUAUUAUCCAUCAAAGAAUCCACACAGGGGAGAAACGAUUUACAUGCUCUGAAUGUGGGAAAUCUUUCAUCAAGAAACUAGCGCUAGAACAACAUCAGAGAAUCCACACAGGGGAGAAGUUGGUUUCAUGUUCAGAAUGUGGGAAAUGUUUCAUCACUAAAUCAAGGCUAAACGAGCAUGAAAAAAUUCAUACAGGAGAAAAGCCAUUUUCAUGUUCGGAAUGUGGGAGAUGUUUUUUAUAUAAAUCAAAGCUAAAAAAUCAUCAGAAAAUCCAUAUAGGAGACAAGCCUUUUCCAUGUCUGGAAUGUGGGAAGCGUUUUUUUCGUAACUCAGAUCUUACUGUUCAUCAUAGAAUCCACACAGGGGAGCGACCAUUUUCAUGUUCAGAAUGUGGAAAAUCUUUUAUCCUAAAAUCACGUCUAAAUACACAUCAGAGAAUUCACACAGGAGAGAAGCCAUUUUCAUGUACAAAAUGUGGGAAAUGUUUUACCCACCAAUCAGGUCUUAUUAUGCAUAAAAAAGUUCACACAAAAAAUUAGCUGCCGUCAUGUUAAAAUAGUUUCUUGUUAGGGAUCAGAGAAUUCAUGCAGAGGAGAAGCCGUUUUCAUGUUUGCUAUUUAAAAAAUAAUUUACCCAGAAAUCAUUUCUUGUUACUCAUCGGAGAUGAAGAUUGUUCCCGAGGUCUCACAUAAUCGGAGUCGUCUCUCCAGAUCGUCAGCUCUUCAGUUUUGGUGCAGUUGACCUUGAUCUUUCGCUCCCUUAUGAUACUUUAUAAGGAACUGCAGUCUUUUUAAAGGGAAUUUAUCACACUUUUUAUUUUAUUUUUAUUAAUUAGAGCCGGAUAUUGAAACAUGUUUUUUUCUCAUCUGUUUCAAUUUUCAAAAUUUGACAAUUAUUCUUGUAAUCAUUUUUUUUUGUACAUUAUUAUAGGAGCAUCUUGCCUGAUCUGUUUUAACAGCAUUUAGAGAAAUGCUUUACAGCAAGACAACAAUAGACAGAAGCUGCCCUAUUCACCUGAAUUGCAGACUUUACUAGGCAUGCUCUGUGAUCUGUGUCAAGGUCAUUCUACAGUGAGGGGGGCUGAGCUCCCAUUGUCUACUCUAUCUACACGGAAGAGGGAGGCUGAGCUCCUUUUAUUUUCUCUAUCUACAGGAAAUGGUGGAGCCUGAACUUAAAUUGUCUUCUCUAUCUACAGGGGAGGGGGAGGCUAAGCUCCUAUUGUCUUCUUUAUGUACAGGGAGGGGAAGGCUGAACUCCUAUUGUCUUCUCUAUCUACAGGGAGGGGGGGACUAAGCUCCUUUUGUCUUCUAUAAGUACAGGGACGGGAAUGCUGAGCCCCUUUUGUCUUACCUAUCUACAGGGAGGGGAGGCUGAACUCCUAUUGUCUUCUAUAUCUACAAGGGAGGGAGGCUGAGCUCCUAUUGUCUUCUCUAUCUCCUGUGUCACCUCUCACUGUAAUCCUGUACAGAUCAUUACCCAGCAGCCUCCUCCUUAUCAUCACAGACACAAUAGGAAGUCUCCACUUAGUUUAGGCCCUAGUGGCCAGAAUGGAAACUGCAAGAAUACAGGAUCAUUUGAUUGAUGUAAAAUGGAAACCAUCAAAAAUUCUUAAAAAUAUGUUGAUUGUAAGAUUUAGUGAUGACAUCAUCGCUCGUUCAGUCUUUCUAGAUGUCGUAUGAAAUGAUUGUAGAGAUUUGUUACAUUCUAUAUAUAUAUAUAUAUAUAUAUAUAUAUAUAUAUAUAUAUAUAUAUAUAUAUCUGGUGUUAUGUGUUCUGUGUGUUAUUUGGUGUUUUUGGAUGAGAUUAUAUAUAUAUAUAUCUGGUGUUAUAUGUUAAAGUUCUGUGUGUUAUUUGGUGUUUUGGGAUUUACAUUUAAUAAAGUAAU